CAAAAGAAAAGAAACAGGAGAGAAUAAGAGAUGUACCGAUACGAGCGCGUGAGCAACACGAGCGCCACUAAGGCGGAUAAAGUAGAAGUAGAUUUAGAGUCGGGGGAUACUCUGUACCCUGGACUGAGCUACGGCGAGAAUCAGCUCCGAUGGGGCUUUAUCCGGAAGGUUUACGGAAUCCUUGCCGCACAGCUGGUUCUAACCACCGUGGUCUCUGCCUUCGUGGUGUUGUCGGCUCCGGUGAACGAGCUCCUCCGUGGAAACUCUGGCCUCUUGCUCUUCCUCUGUUUAGUCCCCUUCAUCUUGUUGUGGCCCCUGCACAUUUAUCACCAAAAGCACCCGGUAAACUUGAUCAUACUUGGCCUUUUCACUGUGUCUCUGAGUCUCACAGUUGGUGUGAGCUGCGCCAACACUGAAGGGAGAAUUGUGCUUGAAGCACUAAUUUUGACGGCAGGUGUGGUUGCAUCGCUUACUGGUUACACUUUCUGGGCUUCUAAGAAGGGCAAAGACUUUAGCUUUCUUGGGCCAAUUUUGUUCACCAGCCUUAUAAUUCUCAUCUUAACUGGUUUGAUCCAGAUGUUCUUUCCACUUGGCUCAACAUCAACUGCCGUCUAUGGCGGAAUUAGUGCCUUCAUUUUCUGUGGGUACAUAGUCUUCGACACCGACAACUUGAUCAAGCGCUUCACAUACGAUGAUUACAUAUUGGCUUCUGCCACUCUCUAUUUGGACAUCCUGAACUUGUUCAUUUCCAUAUUGCGGGUGCUGAGAUCAGGCGAUAACUAGUUGUACCGGUCAGAUCGGUGAAAAUGGAUUUAUGAUAUUCGAAUUAUCGUCUGAAAGAAUAGGAAGAGUGAUAGCGUCUAUAUGGCAUGUUAUAUCUUGUGGUUUUAUGUCAAUACUAUAUGCUUGCUGCUCCGAUUUGCAGUUUCCCUAACUUGAUCAGCUGUGGUAUGC